AUUUUACCUUCCAAUUACUUCUUCUCCAUCUAUCUGGAAAGCACUUUCUCUUUUUGCCGUACCUCAACAAACAUGGGAUAUAUACGAAACAUUUUUCCUUUUCCAAAACACCAAUGUCACAGCUUUCAACUUAAUCCACUGCAUUACACUCAUGAAUAAGUUCCAUAUUAAACUUUGAACCUUUCUGUCGCUUCUCUUCUGCCCCUCAUCAAAAACCUUUUUAAUCUCUAUAUAAUAUUAACCUCUCACAUCACACCAAUUACACAAGACUCCAGAAUGAUAUUUAUUUAAUCAACAUUGCCGACCCUAUCUGUUUGAUAUUUUAUGGUCUAAUUAAUCACCCUUGUUAUUUGAAACUUGUUCAUUGUUUCAUUUAUUUUAUAUGAUCAAAGGGGUCCUUCUAAUUGAUAUAAAAGACCACCCUUUUGUGAUCUUCUUCAUCAAUUAAUCGCCCUUUACUUUCUUCCAAUAUUCCACAUGAAAGCACCACCUUUCCACUUUUCCAUUUUAUAUCCCCCAACUUUUGUUCCCUUAUUAAAGGCCGCAUGCAGCACCUAAGCUAAGCAUAACUUGUUCACUUACACUUGCACACAUAGGGAGAGAAAGAGAGAAAAAAGUGUGAAGGUCAGAAUCUAAAUUGUUUAGCUUAUUAAGUAGUGACUCUAUUCCAUUCUCUAGCUCUUCAACAUGACAGGGAAGAGAAACCAGACACCAACAACAUCAACACCAACAACAACAAUCAGUCCGGUGGGAAGUCCAACUUCUGGUAACAUCUCAGACAGCUCCUCAAAAGAACAAGACAGGUUCCUCCCCAUAGCCAACGUUAGCCGCAUCAUGAAAAGGGCACUCCCUCCCAAUGCCAAAAUCUCAAAGGAAGCUAAAGAAACAGUUCAAGAGUGUGUGUCUGAGUUCAUCAGCUUCAUCACCGGUGAGGCCUCAGACAAGUGCCAGAGAGAAAAGAGGAAGACCAUCAACGGUGAUGAUCUUCUCUGGGCCAUGACAACCCUAGGAUUUGAGAACUACGUUGGACCCUUGAAGCUCUACCUCAACAACUACAGGGAAACUGAGGGAGAAAAGAGUUCCAUGGCCAAACAAGAAGAACACUCUCCAACACAUCAAACCAAUGAUGGGGUGCCUGAACUCAACAAGCUGCCUCAUUCUGCUGCAACAAAACCAGACUUCAACUCUUUCACUGCUGGUUUCUAUUCUGUGGGGCCUCAAUUAACACCUCCAAAGAGCUUCACAGAUAUUGGAGGAAUCAACGGUUAUAGAGACACCUCCAUGAACAGUGUCAUUGCUCAAAGUGCGGUCAGUGCUGAUCAAGAUGCAAGUGGUAAUAGAAUAAUGCCAUCCAACCUACGUUAUAGGGUUGAAUGGUAGAUGUGACAACCAUAGCAGCCUUCCCCCAUUACAUAUCAUAUCAUAUAUAAUAUAAAUAAUAUAAAUAAUAUUCUUAUUACGAUCUAUCAUAUGAUAUAAUUAACAAGUUCAUCGUUUAUUGCUACGUUAUGUAACACAGUAUAUUGUAGUUUGCAGUGUUAGUAUUUAUCUUGUGGCAUGAUCAGUCUUCCAUAGUGUUGAAGGGAAUAUCGGUCUAAGAUCGUAUCUCGUACGGUAGAAGACUGUGAUGCAAAAAGAUAAUGGACUUCACCUUCUUCGUGUUGAAGAGGUGACUUAACCUUUUCGUCAUUUCAAAAGUACUGCAACUUUAUCAAGUACUGAUGAACUAGAGUCACGUUUCCAUCAAUGAAUCUCAAGUUAAUUCAAGUUUUUCACA